CGUCUCAAUGAUUCAAGGGGGGUUCGGAUCGUUUUCUCACAUUCUUCUGCGUUUAUCAAUCUCUCUCACCUUCCUUUCCCCUGGCCGCUUCCUCAUCUCUCUGGCUUCAAUUUCGCAGCCGAAAGCACCUGAUAAGGAGAAUUUCCAUCUAGGUUUUCUGGUGAUGUAUUCUCGUCAUCUUGUGUGGAACUGUGCGAGCAAAUUGUUCUGUUUCUGAGUUCAUUGGAGGUCCGUUUACCGCUCAGAUUUUUCCUUCACCUUGGGCUGAAAAUUUGAUAUUCCAGUGCAUUGUUAGUAAAGGGCUCUUCCCUUGUUAAUUGGCAGCUGAAUAAAAGAUCUACUUCAAUUUCAUUUGUGCAGAUAUGGCAACUAAUGAAAAUCUUCCACCAAAUGUAAUAAAGCAACUGGCCAAGGAAUUGAAAAAUCUUGAUGAUUCCCCUCCUGAGGGCAUUAAAGUUGUUGUAAAUGAUGAUGACUUUUCAACAAUAUAUGCUGACAUUGAUGGCCCAGCUGGGACUCCUUAUGAAAAUGGAGUUUUCCGUAUGAAGUUGUUACUAUCUCAUGACUUUCCACACUCUCCACCUAAAGGUUAUUUCUUGACUAAGAUUUUCCAUCCUAACAUUGCAACCAAUGGAGAGAUUUGUGUCAACACAUUGAAAAAGGAUUGGAAUCCUACCCUUGGUUUACGACAUGUUCUCAUUGUAGUCAGGUGUCUCUUGAUUGAACCAUUUCCAGAGUCAGCUCUAGAGCAAGCUGGCAAAAUGCUGCUCGAAAAUUAUGAGGAGUAUGCUAGACAUGCCAG